AACAUCCAGAAAUGCAAUCCUCGCCGAUAUUGGAGAUCGACCAGUAGUUCUUGCUGGUGAUGGGCGCUGUGACUCACCAGGGUUCAGUGCAAAAUAUUGUGUGUACUCUCUUAUGGAUAUUGUCACACGAAAAGUUGUAGACGUUCAAUUUGUUGACAAGAGAGAGACUGAACUGAAAUCACCUAGGAUGGAGAAACUUGGACUGCAGAGAGCUUUGACAUCUAUACAAAAGAAGAUCAAAGUCAUAGAAUUAGUUACAGAUGCAUCUAUUUCUAUUUCUGCAAUGCUGGAAAGAGAUGAAACUUACAGACACUUAGUGCAUUCGUUGGAUGUUUGGCAUAAAGCCAAAAAAUUAUCAAAGAUACUAUCUGAGGCAUCAAAGAAACGAGAACUGGCUGAACUCGGACCCUGGAAAAGAUCCAUAGUAAACCAUUUUUGGUGGAGUUGCCAACAAGCAAAAGGAGAUGUAGAGCGGCUAAAGACAAUUUGGAUUGGAGUCUUGCACCAUGUAAUUGGUGAACAUGAGUGGGCAACGGGUAGAUGUAGUCAUAGUGAGCUGGCAAAUGAUGACUGGCUACAGAGUGGAAAGCGUGCACUACAUGUCAAUUCACCAUCAAUGAAAUUCUUGAGAAAGGUUGUGCUUGAUCCUAAGUGGCUUAGGUCAAUGACCCAUUAUGUACGAUGUCGCCAAACAAGUGCGCUUGAAAACUAUCACAAUUUAAUCCUUAAAUAUGCUUCCAAAAGAAUAGCAUUUGGGUAUGAAGCCUUCAAGGCCCGUUGUUUGCUAGCGGCCAUGGAUCAUAAUGAGCACACAACUCUGGAACAGGCUAUAACAAAAACAACAAGACAACCAAAAUUUCACCGGAAGUUUAAUAAAAAUUCCCAGCAGUGGACCGUAAGGAAGGUGAAGGAAAGAAAACAGUACAAUCACGUAACUGGGAUAAUACAUACGAUCGCAAAAAAGCGAAUGGAAGAGGAAGAGUCAACUCAUCGUCACACAGUGUUUUUACAGCAAAACCCCCAACACAUUGCUCAAACUACUGCUCCAGUUAGUCCACCAUCAACUGCUGAUCUGGCAGAAAGGCAGUGUAGUAGGACAGGUACAGUUUAGGUUACCUCACCAUUCUUGUGCUACCACAAUGACUGCCAUUGUGUUUGUUAAUACUGCUGUUGUGUUGUAUUGUUGCAUCACUGAUAUAAAUGUAUAGGUUUACAGCAUCUCACCAGGCCAUAGUUGCAUAGGCUCAAGCAAUACAGUAAUACAUGAGGACACAUCUGGUCACACAGGAUGAUGCAACACAUCUGUGUCCUCUGCCCAAGUGAGCAUGCUGACAUACUUCAUAAUGUUACAGUACCUGCAUGUUAUCAACAAACAAACACAAUAGAGAUACUUCAAUGUCUUCCUGCAGGUGAAAGUCACUAGCUGAUUUGCUAGCCUGUUCUUUCACCGAUAUAUAGACGAGAGUAGAUACACACUAUGGAUGGCAGAAAGGCGGUAGAAAGGUGGGCAGGUAGGACAGCAACUGACCCACAAAAUGUAUGCUCAGGACCCAGUCACCUGUUGAAACUUUCUCUGGCACUUUUGCAGCAGAUGUAUUAAAACAAUAAACUACAGGAAGAUAUGACUCUGCCACAAGUACCAAGAGUCUGUAUUCUUGUGUUUUGCUUGGUGUUGUCUUGUUUUGCAGUCUAUGAUGGGUGCCAGCUGUCAACAAGAAAUAUGUAGAGCGUUUAAAGGCAAAUCAUGAAUGCAGUGACUCAAAAUUGAUGGCAGACUAGCACGUUAUAGUGCUGUAUAUAAACGUCUUAUCCAGACAUGAAGGACCAGUAAGUAGUACUUCACUAGUGAUGGAUGGCAGAUGGAUAAGAAAGGGUCGUUGUUGUGUACCAGCUAUUGAAUAUCUAUAGGGUAAGUAUUCAAACCAGUCAGAAUUAUUACAUACUUGUGUUUCUUUCAGUUAGUGCCAAGCUAACAACAAGUUGCCUAGGGUCAACUGACAUGAGAAUUGCAGUUAUUUGCCGUAGCUGAAUUAUACUGACAAUGACAUAAAAUUUCACAGUUUGCAUGCAUCUAACUUCUAAGAAUACACAACUACUACUAAACUAAACAAUCUGAGCACUGCCUGAAUAUCUACUCACUCCUGUACCCCAUGUACCUUCCAUCUGGGGAGGGAAACCAAUGUCGUAUACAGCGUACCACACAUGAAGGCGCGAUGCGCCUAUUUCCUCUACCCAAAUAGCCGUACUGACUUAGUAUGUACUGCCUAUAUGCAGCUUUGCGAUAUCCGUUAUGACUAUAGUUGGGGACUUCCACUCGGUAGUCAGCAGCUAGACGAAUUUGUAGCUGUAGCACAUUAUGGUCAAGGGUUGUUGCCCUGAAAUAUUCUUCAGUUGUACAGCAAACCCUCUUUCGACAACACACGUUCUCUCUAGGCUGAUCCAUG